CACAUGUCGCCUUGACAAAUGGGUUGCAGGGGAGAGGUCAAAAAGAUGGGGAAAUCUUCGACUUUUGUGAACAACUUGACAAAUGGAUUGCAGGAGAGAUGCAUCUAAUGCUAUAGAAGUAAUGAUGGCUGGAUGCCCUUCGAGCAAGCAGAUCUUGCAAAUCUAGAUGUGCUUCUGAAGCUAUGAUCUCACUUCCACCUGGGAAGGAGAACUGAGAUCAGAAAUGGCUGAGGCUGUUGUUUCUGUUGUGGUGCGAAAACUCGGAGACUUCCUACUCCAAGAAGCCGAAUUACUGUAUCGAGUCCGUGAUCAAGUUGAGCGGAUAGAAGAUGAAUUGCGGGGAAUUCAAUGCUUCUUGAAGGACGCUGACAACAAACGGAAGGGGAACGAUGAGAGUGUGAAGAAUUGGGCGAGAGAUGUCACAGAUGUAGCUUACGACGCUGAGGAUAUCGUUGAAACAUUUGUGCUCAAGAUCGAGAGACGGCGGAGGCGGAGAGGCUUCGUGGGCCUUGUCAUUACGUAUGCCCUUAUCUUCGGUGAAUUAAUAGCUUGCCAUAGAAUUGGCUUGGAUAUUUCAGAGAUCAAGUCAAGGAUCCUUGACAUCUCCCAUCGUAGAGAUCGAUAUGGCAUCGCCAAUAUAGGUGAAAGUGGGGGAGCAGGGGGGAGCCAUGCAGAUGAGAGUGUGCAAUCCCAGCGGCGGAUAUUACCACAUGUUGAUGACUCAGAUACUGCAGGUUUCGAGGAUGAUAGGAAAGCAAUCGUAAAACAAUUAAGAUCCGAGAAAUACACGGCGUGCGUGAUCUCGAUAGUUGGAAUUGGUGGUCAGGGCAAGACUACACUUGCUAAAAAGGUUUACAAUACCGGCGAAAUCAAGAGAAGCUUUGAGAAAUAUGCCUGGAUAUCAGUUUCUCAGGUCUAUAGUGUGACAAAGAUUUUGGAGAACAUCAUGAGGAAAAUUAUGGGAAUUUCAGAGGAAGAACUGGAUAGCAUGGAAGAAGAUGACUUGAAAGAGAAGCGGCAUAAGGUGAUGGAUGAUAUAUGGAGUACAGAAGUAUGGAAAAAAAUUGUGCCAGAUGCGAAGAACGGAAGCAGAAUCAUUUUCACUUCCCGUUCGAUAGAUGUUGCAAAAUCUGCUGAUCCAGAUUCCCCACCCUAUGAGUUAAGGGUUUUAGAUGGACAGGAGAGCUGGGAACUCUUUCUUAGGAAUGUUUUUCCAAAUCAAGAUGUUAAAACGAGCUGCCCUGAGAACUUGGAGAUGUUGGGUCGAGAACUUGUGAAAAGAUGUGGUGGUUUGCCUCUUGCUCUUGUUGUGCUUGGAGGCAUGCUAUCGAAAAAAGAUAAAAAUCCUAUCGUAUGGUCAAAAGUGAAGAAGAGUUUGAAAUGGGAGGCAGACAAAGAUGGCAACCAAUGCUUAGAUGUACUGGCUUUGAGCUAUGAAGACCUACCUUACGACCUAAAAUCAUGCUGUCUCUAUCUGGGUUAUUUCCCUGAGGACUCAGAGAUCAGAGCUUCUAAACUGAUUAGGUUAUGGACUGCAGAAGGCUUCAUUCCGGCAAGAGAGAGGGAAACUUCAGAAGAAACAGCGGCAGAUUACUUGGAAGAGUUAGUCCAGAGGUGCAUGGUUCAAGUUGUGGAAAGGAAGUCUGAUGGAGGUGUCAAGACCUUCCGAGUUCACGAUCUCCUGCGUGAAUUGUGCAUAUCGGAAGCAAAAGAGGCUCGAUUUGCCGACGUUUAUAGCACCGAAGAUCAGACAACCUCAAGUGCUUCACGCCGUGUGGCUUUAUUCCACUACAGUGCUGAUCAUGUACUGGCGUCUCUUAAUUCUUCUUCUCAAUUCCUGCGCACUCUCGUAGGCUUCAAUUGGCCUGCAAGCACUGGCCCUGUAGACCUGAGGCUACACAGUCUGAAGUUACUGAGAGUGAUUGAUCUGGAAGGGGCGUCACUUCAGGAGAUGCCCAAGGAAAUCAAAAGCAUAAUCCAUUUGCGAUAUUUGGGGCUGAGAAGGACCUGGGUGUCAGAGAUUCCACCAUCCAUCGGAGAUCUUUGCUAUCUACAAACUCUUGAUGUAACAUGGACUUCCGUCAAGUCUUUGCCUGAUGCAUUUGGAAGAUUCCUUGUAUGUCAGAGGCCACAAUUACCCAACAGCGAUGAAUUCCCUCAUAACCUCACCAAGCUCACAUUGCAGCGAUCUCGUAUAGAAGUGGACCCAAUGGCAACGCUGGAGAAGCUGCAAAACCUUGUUCUUAGAUUGGGGUUUCGAGCAUACGCAGGGAAAGAGAUGGUUUGCUCUGCAGGUGGAUUCUUGCAGCUGAAACGGUUGCAUCUCCACGGUCUGAGGGCACUGGAAAAUUGGAGGGUGCAGAGCAGCAGGGUUCUUGUUUUGGCACAGAUCACAGUUUGA